AUGAACACUACUCCUCCCGAACCCGCUCGUGUGGACUUGGGCGCUGACCGGCAGCCGCUCGGCUGCGUGGUGCUGGAGCUAAAGGCAGAUGUUGUGCCAAAGACAGCAGAGAACUUCAGAGCCCUGUGCACUAGUGAGAAGGGCUUCGGCUACAAAGGCUCCACCUUCCACAGGGUGAUCCCAUCCUUCAUGUGCCAGGCUGGCGACUUCACCAACCACAAUGGCACAGGAGGGAAGUCCAUCUACAGAAGCCACUUUCCUGAUGAGAACUUCACACUGAAGCACGUGGGACCAGGUGUCCUGUCCGUGGGGAAGACAGGCCUCAACACCAAUGGCUCUCAGUUCUUUAUCUGCACAGUAAACAUGGACUGGCUGGAUGGCAAGCUUGUUGUGUUCGGCCAAGUCAAAGAGGGCAUGGAUGUUGUGAAGAAAAUAGAAUCUUUCGGCUCAAAAAGUGGGAAGACAUCUAAGAAGAUUGUCAUUAUUGACUGUGGCCAGUUGAGCUACGUGCUAGCCAAGGUGCUAGGAGAGUAG